ACACCGGAGCGCGCGACUUUGGGAAACACUGGUUUGGGCAGGAACGACUUUUCGGCAGAUAGUUUUAUCGCAAACAACACAAACAACACUUGUGUGGAGUGGACGGUUUCGGUCGCGGAUUCGCGCCGCGACAAGUGCUGCAGGAUUAUUUGGCCAAAAAUAACGGAAUUGUGGAACACAAUCUCCCACAAGUGAAACGGUGCGGCAAGCGAGUUGGAGAAGGUGAAUUUAGUUGGUCUGGUCAGUGAAAAGCAGUUCGUUACCAAAUUUAACAUUGAAGCAAACGAAACGAAUUCAUUUAAAAACCCACCAAGGUGCUUCUCCGUCGAACAGGUAGCGGGAAAUUUAAAAGGGGGAACACAAACAAAAGAAGUGAAGCAGUGCAACGGCAUCAGCGAAUAUUGCGAUCAUAAUGUACCCGUCGUCGUCGGUUUGGUGCCCGUGUCGUCGAUCAUCUCCGGUACCACCACGUCCACGGCUGUGCGCCUCCGGUCGGGCUAGGCUGCCGUGUUGAAGGAUACGUUUUUUUCCCCCCAUCGCCCAGAACGAUCCGCUGCUGCUGCACCGCCGAAUAAUAGUGGGUGUUGGUAGUGUGAGUGCACGCGUAAAAAUUGGCGGCGAUCCGAUCAGAGCGCAAUUUUUCUCGCCGUGUUUUUCGGCCCCGAGUGUGCGAGGUAACGGAUUUCGGUGGCUCGUUUACUUUCUUCCUCCCAACACACAACGCAUACACUUACCGACCCCGUCCGGGCCAACGACACCCGGGCUCGAGAGGCUCCAGAACGUCUACCCGCCAAGGCGCACCGGUAUUAUUGUUCGAGAGGAAUGUCCCAGAAAGGCGUCGGCGGCAAUUAGCGGUGGAUGGUUUAGGUGUCCGAUCGACGCUUUUCGGACGGUGUGUGUACGCGCAGUAUGCAACACGUAGUCGUCAUAGUUGAAAGUGCUUCUUACGGUAGUCGACGGUCUAGGAUCCAGCAAACCUUUUUGGUCGCGGAUUGUUCCACAAAACGAAAAAAUCAAAACGGCUAUCCAGCAGAAUCGUCAGAAUCGCGAGUGACGUUGGACGUCUAAAGUCGCUGGUGUGCGGUACUGAUAGUGAAUAACAAGAACGCCGCAUGAUCGUGAGGCGAAAAACGGCGAACCGCGUUUAGAAUUGAAUGGACGGCAGCGUUCCAGCGAAUAUCGGGGAAGGAAAAUAAAACAUCAAAAACACAGCACAAGUCGCGCAGCAAUUGUUUCGUUGCCGGUUGUUCCCAACAAACCGCUGGCAAGGUGUCCGUAAUUGUAGGCAGUGUUCGAAAUAAGCAAUAAGAAAAUACUUUGUGCCAAAAAGUUACGAAAGAACCGAGAAUAGAUCGUGGACCCACGCGCUUGACCAACGGGCACUUCGGGUGGGGUCCAUUUUGAAUUCCCCCUCAAAUUUGCGCGACAAGAGCGCGACGUUCGCAAAGAACACGAACGUCCUCUCGUUAGCUCACUCGAGCGCGUGUGUGUGUGUAUCUGAGUGUGGGAGUGUGGGUCAAGACCCAGAAAGCCCUCGGCCCUCAAAGAUCACCCGCGGAACCUCGUGGUGCGCGGUGUGAAGGCAAAGGACGUGCGGUGCAGUGUAGUGUGUGGUGCAGAAAGGUAGAAUAGUAAAAGCAAGAACGGUGGAGGUGACCAACGGAGCCGGCGAACGGCUCGAGGGCUCCUCCGGCCUCGUACUGGCACGGAACCGGCAGCAGGCGACACGGGGCGGCCUCGCACACCACCACCACCACCAACACCAUCCCCAUCCGCAGCAGCACCAGCGGCAGCGGCCACGCCAGCGCCAGCGUCUCCUGCACGAUCCCUCGCAGCCUCCCAACCUGGCCUCGUCCACGGCAGCCUCCGCGGCCCUCUCUUCCUCCCCGUCGCUGUCAACCGAAAGGUUAAUCACGUUCGGUAAAAUUCGGAGAUUCCGGGAAACGAGUGCCGCCUCACCAUCGUCGAGGACGUCACCAAGUGCACAAUCUCUUCUAAUGAUGAUGAUGGCAACAGCAACGAAGGGCAAACGCCCGCUCCGCCACCUGACGGCGACGGAUAAGAUCGACGCGAUCCAGCGGAUCCACGACGGCGAGUCGAAGGCGUCGGUCGCGCGGGACAUCGGCGUGCCGGAGUCGACGCUGCGCGGCUGGUGCAAGAACGAGGAGAAGCUGCGCUACAUGUCGCGCCAGUCGGUGGAGAACGCGGAGAAGCUCAGCAACGAGGCGACGGCGGCGGCACUAACGGCGGCCGCGGCUGCCGAGCUGUUCAGCGGGCCGCCCGAGAAGCGCCUAAAGCUCGAGUCGGCCAUGUUCGGUGGCAACGGUAAGCUCAAGUACGAGGACAGCUUCUACAAGGUGGCGGCGGCGGCGGCUGCAUCCCGCGGUUCCCUCAACGGGCUCGAUUUGUCCGGCGGCGGAGGUGGUGGUGGCGGUGGGGGAGGUGGCGGCGGUGGUGGAGUGGACAAGUCGGGUCCGCUCGGAGUGUCCGGUGGCGAUAUGAUCAUGAACGGGUUGGCCGGGUCGGCGGCCGAUUUUAGCCAGUUCGCCAAAACGGCCGCCGAGAUAUCGGCCCUCAGUAAGUCGAAGGCGUACGGGGCGGAUCUGGGCAAGCACCAUCACCACCACCACGGGGGUGAUCCGAGCAAGUCCGAUCACCACCUCUCGAUGGCGGCCAUCAGUCCGCUGACCAGCCUGAGCCACCUGUCCGGCAUGUCUGGGCUCGGGCAGAGUCCGCUCGCGCUCAGCUUCAACGACAUCGCCACCAAUUUGAACCUGUUCGCGCAGCUCAACAACAACCACAGCCUCGCGACCAUGUCCAGCCUGGCCGGGGGACUAAAUACGGCCGCGGCGGCGGCUGCUGCCGCCCAGUCGUUACGGAACGUUCGCCCCAAGGGCUCCGGCAGCUCGGCGGCUAACAACAACGGCACCAGUCACCAGCAACAGCAGCAGCAGGGAGGAGGAGGGCCAGGAGGUCGAGGCAGCUCUCUGCAGGACACGAACGGCAGCAGUGCAGGUGGAGGAGUCGGGUCGAACGGGGGUGGUGGCGGAGGAGGGACGGAAAAGUCGUCCUCCAACGGCGGCUCGUCCGGGCCCUCGCUGACCGUGCGCAAUCUGGCCAAGCUGCAGCAGCAGAAAAGCGGCUCGUCGUCGUCGGGCGAACUUCUCGGUAACGGUAUGCUUCACCAACAGCCACACGCUGGCCUCACUAAUCUGUCUGAGCAGUAUAGAAAAUCAAGCAACAGUAGUAGCAACAACCACCAUCAUCCCGCCACUAGCACCACCACUACAACCACUACCAAUGCUUCCGUAGGUCGUGACCCGAAUGCACCCGCUCCCGUCGACGACGCGCUCUGGUACUGGCUCAAGUCGCAGCAGGCCAUGCUCGGCCUGAACAACCUCUACUCGUCGCUGCCACGCGCCACCAGCCACAGUCCCCCGACGCCGCCACCCGUGACCAACGCUGCCGCGGCCCACCUCGGACUAAGCGGCGGUUCGCCCACGCACCAGCAGACGCUUCCCACUUCGACGACGCACACACCGCAAACACCCCCGCCGCCUUUGGUCGGCCCGCCGCUCGUCAGCACGCCCCAACCGACGCCACCCUCUUCCGCACCGUCGCUCACACCGGAGGACACGAAGAACUCGUCCUGGUUCUGGCAGUGGUACAAAACGUUCGGCGCUUCGCUGAUGCCCGGCGGUGGAGGAACUCCUACUGGAGGAGGCGGAGGAGGAGGCGGAGUAGGUGCCGAUAGCAAACAGCAGCAACGCGAACAGGCUCAGCAGGCCGCAUUGGCCGCGGCCCUGCACCACAACAACAACAACUCGAUCAGUCAACAGAACAACAACAACAACGGCAGCAGUCAUCAUCAGAAAGGUGGUGCCGGUUCAGCCGCCGCCUCGCUGACGGCCGCCUACGAGAACAUCCUCUACUCGCAGCUCACCAAGGGUACGACGACGCCGACGCCGACGGACACGCUGAACAACAACCACCACCACCAUCUGAACCACCAUCUGAGUCACCAGCAUCAUCAUCAACCGAUCGAUCUGAACAUCGGAAGCACCGCACAACGCCGGCAACACGAGGGCGAUCCGAAACCGGAGGAUCUGUCCAACCACCACGGCAAGGACGGCGGCGGUUCGCUGGCGAACGGUUGUGGCGAUGGUCGUCGCUCUCGGUACAACAGCAAUCAUCACCCGAGCCGACCCACGUCGGCCUCAUCGGUUGCGUCGACUUCCUCGAUCGGUGGCGCCCAUCACCGGUCGGCGUUGGACGACGGUGGCGCCAGAAUGCUUCAGGUGGGAAAGGUAAAGAUCGAGGAGUCGUUGGUACCUCUGGAGGAGGAACGCCAGCUGGACAUGAUGGACGAUGAUGUGGAACUCGAUCGCAAGUCGUCGGGACUUUCGGCCAGUGGCGAAGAGGCACUUCCGAGGGAGCAUGACCAGGAGCUGGAGGAGGUCGAUGAAGAGGUCGUGACUGAAAGCCGGCUUCGUGCGGAGGAGGACGAAGAUGAUCUGGCCAACGAAAAGGCAGACGACGAAGACGAUAACGACGAGGAGGACGGAGUUCGGCAGAAGGAUCAUCUAAAGGAACGAAGGCGCUCGUCCACCGGGACCGCUAGCGCGAAGGAAGUGCUAGAUAACAUCCUGUACAGCAGCAACAGUAACGAUCGGACCAUCGAUUCCACCAGCAGUCCGGCCGUCACGCCGUCCCCGAUGGCGAUGGUACGCGAACGGUCGGUCAGCCCGGCGGGUGGCAGCAGCAGCAACCACGCGGAGGAUCAUCUGCUGUCCAACAACAACAAGAGUGGUGGCAGUGUCACCGGGGACGAUCUCAAAAGCGAUCUGUCCGACGACUCGAACCCACACGACCCCGUUGUUGUGCCAGCGUCGUCGUCGCUGUUUGCGGCCGUGGCAGACAUUCGCAAUUCGGCUGAGGCGGUCGAGCAUGGUGAGAAGUUCCUGAAGUGGCUGGAGGCCUGCAGCGAUCCGAACGUGACCGCGAUGCAGGUGAUGCAGUUCAAGUACCUGCUGAACAGUAUUAAGCUGAGCGCGGAGCGGCAACAGCUGCAGACGACGGCGGCCAGUGGAGGAGGUACGUUCGGUGGAAACGGCCCGGAGGAGCGAACUCGGAUCCGCAAGCGGAAGUAAACGUUCCAACUACGCCAAACAAAACCAGCUCGUUAUCUCAUAGGCCCACUGUACAUAGUUUGAAGCAAUUUGCGAUGGGGAAUGCAUGUCAUAAAGCAGAUAUUUCUUCGAGAAAUACAAAAAAACACGCUUCGAAAGGCGAUCAUCCUGCCGGCAGCAGCUAGCUAAAAGGGAGACAGUUAGAGGAUCUCAAACACAUUCCAACCCAUACGGUCAGAAUGGGGAAGCUGAAUACAAACCUGUACGCUUCCAAACUGGAUCUCCCAAUGUUUGAGAAUGCUCGAUCUGGUUUUGCAAUGCAAUGUUAAUACCUUACAUAAGCGUCAACGAUUAGCUUAUCGCGCCAGGCCCAAUUGAGGCCGUUUAAAUAAGUAGUUGAAUUUUUUAAUUUUCCCUUACCAUUCCCACAACAUACUGUGCAACAAUAAUAGGAUUGUGUGGUAAAUCUUUUUUUAUAUAAUAUGUUAUUACUAUUGCUUAUUUUAGUGCCUCAUUUUAAAAGAGUUAAUUUUACUCAAAUUCUAAA